AUGUCUAGAACAGAAGCAAUUGGAAGCUUACUUUACUUAGCAGGUGCCACUAGACCUGACAUUGCAUUUGCAGUGAACCUUUUAUCUAGAAGACAACUGUCACCAACUGAAAGUGACUGGAAAGAUGUAAAAAAAAUAUUUAGAUAUCUCAGAGGAACAUCAAAAACAGGCUUAACAUUCAGAGCAAAAGAAGACAACAUGGAAGCAAUGACAGAUGCCAGUUUUAGAGACUGUGAAGAUUCAUUUUCAACAGGAGAAUAUGUAAUCAAGCUCUAUGGUGACCCAAUUAUAUGGAGAAGUUAUAAACAAACAUACGUCUCACUGUCUACCUGCCAAGCCGAGUAUCUAGCUAUGAGCAAUGCCUGUCAAGAAAUAAUUUCUUUGGACAAAGCCAUCAGAGACAUAACAGGAAAAACUCUGUACCCUGUUACCCUAUGGUGUGAUCAUUUUUAG